UACACAGGACGGUUCCUCCCCAACGGAGAGUUUGGAGAUCUGCGAAUCUGCGCCAUCAAUGUGAAACUAACAUCGCUCCACAUUUAUUAAGAGUUCGGGCAGAUUUACUCUGAACAGUACGUUAAUAAACGAUGUUCGUCUCGACGGAAGACGCGACGCCUUCUUUUAAAGGGUUUACUUUAAUCCUGCCCGCCGUUUCUGUGGGGAAUGUGGGCCAGCUGGCCGUAGACUUGGUCAUCUCCACCCUGAACAUGCCGAAGGUGGGGCACUUCCACACCGACUGUCUGAUCCCCAUGGUGGGCAACGACCCGUACAGCAGCUCGGAGCAGGUCAGCACUAAUGCAGAAGUUUACUUACACAGUGACCUCAAGCUGGCUGUGCUUCAGAUAAGAUCUCCAGUCUUACAGAAUAAGGUCAAAUCAUUCCGUAAGCUGUUGGUGUCCUGGAUUAAGAGCAGUGGAUUCUUCAGAACGGUGCUGCUGUCCAGCAGUCAUGCAUACCAGAGGGAUGACCAGCAGCUCGAGGGAUCGGCGCUGCGGUACCUGCUGAGUCCGGCUCUGCAGGACGUAGGGGACACUCUGAGGGAGCUGGGCUGGGCAGAGCUGGAGAAAGUGAGCGCUUUUCCCGGCAUUAACGACUCAGAGAAACGCCUCUACAUCCCCGGAGGAGGAGUCACCAAAGGCCUCUACUCUGACUGCUGUGCGGAGAGCGUCCCGCUGGCUGUGGUGCUGCUGUUCUGCUCUGAGGGAGAUAACGUCCCCGACGCGUUCACACUGACCAACCACCUGAACGACUGGCUCCACCUGCUGGAAAAGUCUCCUCAGGGUUCGACUCCAUGGAGGGCUCCUUCAUCCUGGAGGCUGCUGUUUGGAAGCGGCAUCCCACCCCUGCUCUUCUGAGGACUCAGAACACCCAGCAGUGUGCUGGUACUCACGCAGUGGGCUGACCUUAAUGUGGGAAAAUGGGAAACUGACCAUUCCCAUUUGUGACUGGACUGUUAGAAAUGUCAGCACUUGCAAGUCGAAGGUCAUUCCCAGAAAAAAAAAACAUACACUCUGGGUCCUGAUGAAUGAGGGACGUUUGUGUAUAAUGCAAAUCGUCGCAGUCGUGAGAAGAACCUUGUUUCUCUGAAAAAAGCGGUAACUUUCUAGAAGACCACACUUAAAUUUAAUGUACACUAGUGAAAUCAGAUUUUAUGCCAAGUCACUUUGGACCUUCUUCUAUCAGUCCAUACAUCAUAAAAUUAUGUAAAUAAAUAAAUACCUUUUGAGGAUUUGAUAUGACUGUGACUGAAUGAGCGUAUACAGUAGAGCCUUUGCCAAAUUCCCUGUUUCUUAGAGUUGUGUUUACUGUAAAAUGGCUUAAUGUGAUUAAACAUUAUGAUGGUUUUGA